CGCCUCCACUCAGCGGUGACUGCAUUGAUGAUGAGUGAGUCAGCUUGUAAUGCUACCAGUCUAUCACUAGUUCACUACCACUGCGCUGAGUUAUGCUAAAAUCCCCGUCUCCCUUUGAAAACAUAAACAAUGCUCAAUUUCUCUCUCCUUCUCCUCGUUCUUGGCUUGUUUGAAUAUGCAUCGGGCGAAGAAGGAUUUUGCUCUGCUCCUUCUUCAGAAUCAAAACCCAAGCCUCUUUAUUGGAAAGUAGACAACCCUACGCUCUCUCCUAUACACCUUCAAGAUUUGCCUGGAUUUACACGCAGCGUUUAUAAGAGUGAUCAUGCUUUGAUAACACCAGAAAGUCAAGUCUAUAGCCCAUUACCUGAUUGGAUCAAUACAUCCGGGGCAUAUUUAGUUACACCAGAAAUGGGUUCACAUUUUGUAAUGUUCCUGGCUAAAUUGAAAGAGAAUUCUAGAUCAGGAUUACCCCCGCAUGGUGUUGAGAGAUUAAUCUUUGUGCUCCAAGGUGGUGUCACACUCACUACUGCCGGCAACAGCCAUAUUCUGAAGGUGGAUUCUUAUGCUUAUUUACCUCCAAAUUUUGAACAUUCCAUUGAAAGUGAUUCUCCUGCUACUAUUGUUGUAUUUGAACGAAGAUAUGCUCCACUACAAAAUCUCGUCCCAGAGCCAGUGGUUAGUUCAACAGAUAGACAGCCACUCCUUGAAACACCAGGCGAGAUUUUUGAACUGCGGAAGCUUCUCCCUACAUCUUUGGCAUAUGACUUCAAUAUCCAUGAUCGGACUUCGGGGAAGAUGAUUGGCAGUGCUAAGAUGAUGGAUGGGCUUUAUUACUUUGAGGAUAUUUCGGAGGAUAAAAUAGCUCAAGGAUUUAGUGGUAUAAGUUCUAUGCCUAUAAAGGACCAAAUAAUUCUCUGGCACAAUAGACUAGGACACCCUAGUUUUCCAUAUCUCAAACAUUUGUUUCCAAAUUUGUUUAAAAAUAUUGAUUCUUCCUUACUUAAAUGUGAAAGUUGUAUUCGUUUAAAAAGCCAUAGAGCUCCUUAUUACUCUCAACCUUAUCAUGCAUCUAAACCUUUCCACUUGAUUCAUAGUGAUGUAUGGGGUCCAUCAAAAAUAACAACUCAAUUUGGAAAAAAAUGGUUUGUAACUUUUAUCGAUGACCACACACGACUAUGUUGGAUCUAUCUCAUGCAUGAAAAAUCUGAGGUUUCUAAAAUUUUUCAGUAUUUUUCAACAAUGGUAGAAACACAAUUUGACACAAAAAUUUCAAUAUUAAGAAGUGAUAAUGGCACUGAAUACUUUAAUAAAAAUCUUGGUGAAUUUCUUCAAAAGAAAGGUAUUCAACAUCAAUCUACAUGCCCCAAUACACCCCAACAAAAUGGCAUUGCUGAAAGGAAGAAUAAACACCUUCUUGAAGUAGCACGUGCCAUUAUGUUUGAGGGUAAUGUUCCAAAGUAUUUAUGGGGAGAUGCUGUUCUAACAGCAGCCUAUCUCAUAAAUCGAAUGCCCACACGUGUGUUAAAUUACUGCACACCGUUGGAUACUUUCAAAAAGAAUUUUCCAGCAUGUAGGUUGCAUUCUGACUUACCUUUAAAAGUAUUUGGUUGCACUGUGUUUUUACAUACACCUUCAUAUCGAAGUAAACUUGAUCCAAGGGCAGAAAAAUGCAUUUUUAUUGGCUAUUCCCCAAGUCAAAAGGGUUAUAAAUGUUUCAAUCCACACACCAAGAAAUUUCAUGUAAGUAUGGAUGUUACUUUUUUGGAACAUGAAACCUUUUUUCAAAAGAAUUCUCUUCAGGAGGAGAGUCUAAGGGAAGAAAAUUUUUUGCAUGAACCUUUACCCACUCCUAUCUUACAUAUUGAGGAUACAACUUCCACUAAUCAAGUAAAUUCUGAAACAAUUGCAAAACAAGAUGUGAAAACCAAUUCUGAAAUUGUGCCAGAAUUAGUUGGAAUCCAAACAGGAAAAGAAAUACCACAAGAAAAGGAGCUUCGGUGUUAUGUUCGGAAAUAUCCCAAGAAGACUAGAGAACAGCCCAUCAUCUCUGUACCAGCCCAAUCUGAAAACCCGGAAGACGGCCCAACUAUAGUACUUCAGGAACUUCCAGGUAAAUCUGAAAUUGUCACUUCUAAUAAUAAUUUGCCAAUAGCCCUUAGGAAAGAAACCAGAACCUGCACCAAAAAAGUACUCAAAAACAGCACCAACCAUCCUAUUUCCAAUUAUGUCUCUUACCAAAAUCUCUCUCAAAAACAUCGAGCUUUUACUUCUAAAAUUACAAAUCUGUUUGAGCCUAGGAAUAUAGAGGAAGCACUAGAUGAUCCCAACUGGAAAUUAGCAGUGAUGGAAGAGUGGCAUGCACUCAAGAAAAAUGAAACUUGGGAGAUUGUAGAUCUGCCACAGAAUACAAAAUUGGUUGGCUGUAGGUGGGUUUUUACCAUCAAGUGCAAUGCUGAUGGAAGCAUAGAGAGGUAUAAGGCUAGGUUAGUAGCUAGGGGAUAUACACAAACCUAUGGAGUAGACUAUCGAGAGACUUUUGCUCCAGUUGCCAAACUCAGUUCUGUGCGGAUUCUCUUAUCUCUUGCUGCGAAUUACAAUUGGCCUUUACAUCAAUUGGAUAUAAAGAAUGCUUUCCUGAAUGGGGAACUAGAGGAAGAGGUGUUCAUGAAACUUCCACCUGGAUUUGAAGCUGAACUAGGGAGGAACAAAGUGUGCAAACUAAAAAAAUCUCUCUAUGGAUUGAAACAAUCCCCAAGAGCUUGGUUUGAACGACUUGGAAUGGUGGUGAAGGGACUUGGUUAUACUCAAAGCCAAGCUGACCAUACACUUUUCUAUAAGCAUUCAGCAGCUAAUCAAACUGCCAUCUUAAUUGUAUAUGUGGAUGACAUUAUUCUGACAGGUGAUGAUUUUUGGGAGCUAAAAGACUUGAAGGAGAAGCUUGCCAAAGCAUUUGAAAUCAAAGAACUUGGCUCAUUAAAAUACUUCCUUGGAAUUGAAUUUGCAAGGUCUAAGGAAGGCAUUUUUAUGAACCAACGAAAGUACAUCCUAGAUCUUUUAAAAGAGACGGGAUUACUUGGUUGUAAAGCUGCUGAAACACCUAUAGAGCCCAACUUAAAAUUGAAGCCAGCUGAACCAGAAAAUGUAAUGGACAAAGGGAGAUAUCAGCGGUUGGUAGGGAGGCUAAUCUAUUUAUCCCAUACACGCCCGGAUAUAGCCUUUGCUGUGAGCAUGGUAAGCCAGUUUAUGCAUUCACCUGGUCAAGAACACAUGGAUGCUGUCUUUAGAAUCCUAAGGUACUUGAAAGGGUCGCCUGGGAAAGGGUUACUCUAUAAAAAGCAUGGACAUCUUCAAGUAGAAGCUUAUACAGAUGCAGAUUGGGCUGGGAAUGUCAUGGAUAGAAGGUCAACAUCUGGGUAUUGUACUUUUGUUGGCGGAAACCUGGUUAGUUGGAGGAGUAAAAAACAGAGUGUUGUGGCACGAAGUAGUGCAGAAGCUGAGUUUAGAGCAGUGGCUCAUGGAAUAUGUGAAGCACUAUGGGUAGAGAAAAUCCUACAAGAACUAAAAGUUUCCAUUUCUCCACCAAUGAGGUUGUAUUGUGACAACAAAUCUGCAAUUUCCAUUUCUCAUAAUCCAGUGUUGCAUGAUAGAACUAAACAUGUUGAAGUUGACAAGCAUUUUAUCAGGGAAAAGAUUGAGAGAGGACAGAUUUGCAUCUCCUAUGUUCCAACUACGGAACAAUUAGCAGAUGUUCUAACUAAAGGAUUACCCAAGAAGACUUUUGAUAGCAUAAUAAGCAAGCUGUCAAUGAAUGAUAUCUUCAAGCCAGCUUGAGGGGGAGUGUUGACUAGAUCAAAUCAAAAUCAGAUUCCCAAUUCCUUUCUUGAAUCUUUUAUGUAAAUAGAAUUAAUUAUAAAUCUUUUCCUUUUUAGGUUUAGCUUAAUUUUAGGGAUUUUAUGAUUAGAAAUCUUUCCUUUAUUUUAGGCUAGUAUUUUUCCUUUCUU